AUGACGAGAUAUACCUAUCAAAGUGUUGACCCAUUUUUUCUACUCAGUGGGCAAGUCUCAAACGAACCAUUGCAAUCCAACAAGCGAAGCAUCUUUAUUGCGAUCAUGGGAAUGACAGGCGCUGGAAAGAGCACCUUCAUCUCGCAUUGCACGGACGCGAAAGUUGCCAUAAGUGAUCCCGGCGCUCUGCAUUCUUGUACACAGGAAGUUCAAGUUUAUCGAUGCAAAGAUUUCACUCCGCACACCAACGUUUAUCUUGUUGACACUCCGGGUUUUGAUGAUACGGAUCGCAAAGAUACAGACAUUCUCAAAGAGAUUGCCACCUGGUUGACAACAACUUACAAGAAGGAGAUCCACUUGAGUGGUAUUUUGUACCUGCAUCGCAUCUCCGAUAAUCGUAUGGGUGGAUGUGCGCGCCGAAAUCUUGUCAUGUUCAAAAAGCUGUGUGGUCCCGAAGGGAUCAAGAGCGUGAUAUUUCUCACCACCUUUUGGGAAAAAGUAGAUGGGACCGAUGGCGACAACCGUGAGAAGACCUUGCGGACUACGGACGAGUUCUGGGGAUAUUUUGUCGACAGGGGUGCCCGCGUCCAGAGACAUUGGAACACCGAUGACUCUGCGAUGGCCGCCAUACAGAACUUUGUACCUUCUGAUACAACAGAGCCACCCGAGGAGAUUAAAUUGGCCAUCCAGACUGAGAUGGUUGAUUUACACAAAGAUCUGGACCAAACCUCCGCCGGUCAGGAGCUACAGAGCGAGUUACAGAAGGAACGAGAGCAGAUGCAAACAGAGUUCAAUGAAAGAGCUCGGGAGAUUCACGAAGAAAAGGAUCAGGAGAUGCGCGACCUUCUGCAGGAAGACCAAGAGAGACAAGCCAAAGAGCUUCAGCGCAGAGACUCAGAGAUCCAGGAGCUGAAGAUUAGCAUGGAGAGGAUGCACGAAAAGAAGAUUCAACAACUAGAGGAGCGAUUGCUGGAACAGCAAAAUGAAAACCGCAGGCAUCGUGAAGAAAUGGAGCAAAUAAUUCGGCAACACCGAGAGGAUAUCCAAGAGAUACAAUGUCAGCGCAACCAAGAUGUUGAGCAUUUGACUCAAGAAAUUAGACACUUGAAAACAUCCAACACGCAAUGUCUAGAUUGCUAUGAGACCUUCACAUCUGCCAGUGAACUGUUCGAUCACAAACAAACCAAACACAACCAGAUUGAUCAACAGCAAAUACAAUACGAAUACGAUCCCGACGCGAAUGACGAAGAAGAGUAUGAGGAAGAGGAUAUUGCAUCCGAUAAUGGCUCUGAAUGCUGGGAAAAGACGAACACGACAGCAACGACACCAAGCCAAAAUGGCGGGAAUCACGAUGUGGAUCCAUACCUCACCUGCCUAGCCUGCAGGAAGGAAUUCUCCAAUAGGCAGGAUCUAUUCAAACAUCUGGAAAAAUUCCAGCACGGCCGGGAUCUCGUCACAGGGAAGCCUAAGAAAUAUGCCCGACCUCCCGGAUUUCAAGUCCCAGAAAUUGACCCAUGGCUGACCUGCCUAGCAUGCGAGGAGGAGUUCUCGGAUAGGAAUGAUCUGUUCGAGCAUAUUGAAGAAUUCCAACACGGCCGGGAUCUCGUCACAGGGACACCUGAGGAAUAUGUCAGACCUUACGGAUAUCAAGACGAUGAAGUCGACCCGUACUUGACCUGCCUAGCAUGCGAAGAGAAUUUUUCCAGUAGGGAUGAUUUGUUCGAGCAUAUCGAAGAGUUUCAGCACGGGAGGAACCUUCUGACAGGGAAACCGCGUUAG